AUGCACACAAUCGCUCAUGUCGUCAUUCACACAGCCGCUCACAACGUCAUUCCCACAACCGCUCACUACGUCAUUCACACAACCGCUCACGUCGUCAUUCACACAACCGCUCACGUCGUCAUUCACACAACCGCUCACGUCGUCAUUUACACAACCGCUCACGUCGUCAUUACCACAACCAUUCACUACAUCAUUCCCUCAACUGCUCACUUCUUUAUUCCAAAAACCGCUUACUACUUCAUUCCACCAACCACUCACUACGUCAUUGCCACAACCGUUUACGUCGUCAUUCCCACAACCGCUCACAUCGUCAUUCACAAAGCCGCUCACUACGUUAUUCCCGCAACCGCUCACGUCGUCGUUCACACAGCCGCUCACUACGUCAUUCCCACCACCGCUCACGACGUCAUUCACACAACCGCUCACGUCGUCAUUCACACAGCCGGUCACUACGUCAUUCCCACUACGUCAUUCCCACCACCGCUCACGACGUCAUUCACACAACCGCUCACGUCGUCAUUCACAAAGCCGGUCACUACGUCAUUCCCAGAACAGCUCACGUCGUCAUUCCCACAACCAUUCACUACAUCAUUUCCUCAACCGCUCACUUCUUUAUUCAAAAAACCGCUUACUACAUCAUUCCCACAACCACUCACUUCUUCAUUCCUACAACCGCUCACGUCGUCAUUCCCACAGCUGCUCACUACGUCAUUCCCACUACCUCUCACGUCGUCAUUCCCACUCCCGCUUACUACGUCAUUCACACAACCGCUCACUACGUCAUUCCCACAACCGCUCACAUCGUUAUUCACAAAGCCGCUCACUACGUUAUUCCCACAACCGCUCACGUCGUCGUUCACACAGCCGCUCACUACGUCAUUCCCACUACCGCUCACGACGUCAUUCACACAACCGCUCACGUCGUCAUUCACACAGCCGGUCACUACGUCAUUCCCAGAACCGCUCACGUCGUCAUUCCCACAACCAUUCACUACAUCAUUCCCUCAACCGCUCACUUCUUUAUUCCAAAAACCGCUAACUACAUCAUUCCCACAACCACUCACUACUUCAUUCCUACAACCGCUCACGUCGUCAUUCCAACAGCUGCUCACUACGUCAUUCCCACCACCGCUCACUACGUCAUUCCCACACCCGCUUUCUACGUCAUUGACACAAUUGCUCACGUCGUCAUUCACACAGCCGCUCACAACGUCAUUCCCACAGCCGCUCAGUACGUCAUUUACACAACCGCUCACGUCGUCAUUCACACAACCGCUCACGUCGUCAUUUACACAACCGCUCACGUCGUCAUUCCCACAACCACUCACUACAUCAUUCCCUCAACUGCUCACUUCUUUAUUCCAAAAACCGCUUACUACUUCAUUCCCACAACCACUCACUACGUCAUUCCCACAACCGCUUACGUCGUCAUUCCCACAGCUGCUCACUACGUCAUUCCGACUACCGCUCACUACGUCAUUCCGACAACCUCUCACUGCGUCAUUCACACAACCGCUCACAAUUUCAUUCAAACAACUGCUCUUAACGUCAUUCCCACAACCGCUCACUAGGUCAUUCCCACUAGCGCUCACUUCGUCAUUCACACAACCGCUCACAAUUUUAUUCCAACAACCGCUCUCAACGUCAUUCCCACAACCGCUCUCAAUGUCAUUCCCAAAACCGCUCACUACGUUAUUCACACUCCCGCUCACCUCGUCAUUCCCACUACCGCUCUUUUCGUAA